AUGGCUGAUUUGAUAAGUAGUCUUCCAGACGAAAUCAUUUGUUAUAUUCUUUCUUUUCUUUCAUCCCAACAAGUUGUUGCAACAAGUGUUCUCUCCAAGCGCUGGAAUAUUCUGUGGCGUUCUGUUCCCUCUUUGGAUUUCAACACCAUUGACGAAGAUUUUUGGCUUCACAAUGGCCAAAAGACUGUCAAGAAGUUUUAUUUUUCGGUGGGCUCUUUCUUGGUUCGUCGUGGAGAUCAACCCCUCCAUAGAUUUCGCCUCAGAUGCUACCCUUCCAUGGAUAUUACUGAAAGUAUCAAGACACGGAUUCAGACUACAUUGAGUGGAAGUUGUAGUGUUCAAAUCCUCGACCUCUAUAUUCAUCCUAAGGACUUUUUCCUUCCAUCUAUGGUGUUUAGCUUUAAAACUCUUGUAACUCUCAAGUUGAAAUUCAUAAUAGUGGAAGAUAUGUCCUUUGUUGAUUUGCCUUUGCUUAAGAUCUUACAUCUAAAAUAUGUUUAUUCUCUAGUAGAAAUUGAUCUUUCACAGAUUAUUUCUGGGUGUCCAAAUCUUGAGAAAUUAAAAGUCAGUGAUUUGGCUUGUGAAGCUAAAGGAAAGAUUAUCAGAUUGUCCAAGUUAGUUAGAGCCAGCAUCGAUAAACUCUUCCUUCCAUUGGAAAUAUUUAAGGAAGUUGAAGUUUUGAAAUUGAAUUGGAUAUUUCAACCAAACAUAUACCUAAAUUUUGAUUUUAACAAUUUAGUUCAACUUCAAUUGACUGUGGCCCUGGAUUGGCUUCUGGUCUUGAAAAUGCUCAAUCAUUGUUCCAAGCUUCAAAGUCUUGUCAUUUGCAUUGAUAAGGUUUAA